AUGUCCACUUCUCGACGUCUCACCCAGCGCCUUGUCUGUGUUGUUCAAGGAUGUAAUCAAACCUUCAGAACUCAAUACGGUCAUACGCAGCAUAUCAAUGCAAAGCAUACUGGCAUUGACAUGCAACCAUCUUCUUGCCGACCUGAGUUGGUAUCCUGCAAUAGUGAGAGAGAUGCAGAGCAAAUAUCCAGCCCUUCAUUCAUGGAUAUUGAUGAUGAGCCUACAUUUUCAUCCGCAUUUAACCGGUUCAUAUUGCUUGUAUCCUCUUCAAUGUAUAUCUACAAUUUAUGUUUGCUUGUAAGUCUACCAUGUGAUUCUCAAGGGAAUUUCUUGCCUACUGGCACACCACCAUCAUCGCCUGUCCAACCUGAGAAUGUUGCAGAGCCCUUUAUGGAUCCGCUUCAAUUUCGAAUCGCCGAUUUUCUGUUUCGAAAGGUAGAGAUGUCGCAGGGAAAUAUCAACGAGCUUAUGGAGCUCUGGACUCUUACGAUGCUCAAACAUGGCGACUUCGGACCCUUUGAGAACCACGAUGAGAUGUACAAGUUAAUCGAUGCUAUCCAGCAAGGUAGUGCACCUUGGAAGUGUUUCGUCACCCAGGUGGAUGCGAACCUUCCUCCCACUGCGCCAAGCUGGCAAUGCAAUCAAUAUCAGAUUUGGUAUCAUGACCCCGACAUGGUCAUCAGCAAUAUUCUAGCCAACCCCGAUUUCUCCAAUGAGUUCGACACUGCCCCAUAUGUUGAAGUCAGUUCAGAUGGGAAGCGGUGGUGGUGUGACUUUAUGUCUGGGAAUUUCGCAUGGAGACAUGCAAGUCGAAUACACCAGGAGGAUCCAACCAUGGCAGGAGCAAUGUAUGUCGGCAUCAUCUUGGGUAGUGAUAAAACAACGGUAUCUGUUGCUAUGAGUAAUGUCGAGUAUUAUCCUUUGUAUAUUUCGAUUGGAAACAUCCACAAUUCUGCAUGGCAUGGCCAUCGUAAUGCAGUAGUACCAAUUGGCUUCCUCGCUAUUCCCAAAUCAGAUCGCAAGUACGAUGAUGACCCUGUGUUUCGAACCUUCAAGAAGCAGCUCUACCAUCAAUCCAUUGCAGUGAUUUUGCAAUCUCUAAAGCCUGCUAUGAUGGAGCCAGUCAUUCGACGUUGUCCUGAUGGGCAUUUUCGACGGGUGAUUUAUAAUCUGGCAUCCUUUAUUGCCGACUAUCCUGAACAAGUUCUCCUCUCGGGAAUUGUAUCUAGAUGGUGCACAAAGUGCACGGCACUGUCAAGUGAUUUAGAUGGAGAAGGUGGGCGACAUACCCAAGAGCUUACUCAAUUGCUCUUGGAUGAGUUUCGUGAUGAGAGCGAUACAUUAUGGUAUACCUACGGCAUCGACAAAACUACAAAGCCAUUCACGUUCCAUUUUCUGCGUGCCGACAUUCAUGAGAUUUUGACUUCUGAUCUCUUACAUCAAGUGAUUAAAGGCUCUUUUAAAGACCACCUCGUGGAGUGGGUUGGGGAGUACCUUCUUCAGUCAGAGGGAAAAGACCGAGCACGGGAGAUCAUGGAUGACAUUGAUCGCCGUAUUGCUGCAACUCCGGCUUUUCCAGGCUUUUUGCCUGGUCUUAAGGUCUAUCUUCCUGCUGUUGCUGACUAUCUCCCAGAGGAAAUGAUGCAAUGUUUGGCAUCGUUUCUUGACUUUUGCUAUCUCGUCUGUCGCACCGACUUCAACGAAGAUACCAUUCUUGAAGUCGAGUCUGCCAUGGCACGCUUCCAUUACUACAGACAAGUUUUCAUUACCACUGGGGUCCGUGAUACCAUCUCUCUUCCUCGUCAGCAUUCCCUUGUCCAUUACUGGCAACACAUCAUUGAUUUUGGGGCUUCGAACAGUCUCUGUUCCUCAAUUACGGAGUCGCGCCAUAUCACAGCUGUUAAAAAGCCUUGGUGUCGAUCUAACCGUUAUAAUGCCCUAAGCCAAAUGCUCUUAACAAACCAACAACUUGAUAAGCUUGCUGCACUGCGUUCUGAACUUGUGAACUAUGGUCUUGUCACCCCAAAUCACCCUCCUCCACCGGAUCCUUUUGAUCUUGAGAGUGAAGAUGUUGGAGCUGUUGAUGAGCUGAUUCUUGCAGAAGUCAAACUCGCUGUCACUAAAGAACGUGCAUAUCCUCGCCGUCUCGAGCGCUUGGCACAGCACAUCCACUGUCCAGAUCUUCCAGAGCUGAACGACCCUCCCUCAGAAGAUAUCCACCUUGAUGACUGUCCCGAGAUCAUGUCCAACAUAUAUGUCUACCACUCUGCUGUGGCAUCCUUCUAUGCACCUAGUGACAUUUCCAGAGUCAGAGGUAUGCGCCGGGAACGUAUUCGGUCGACCCCAUCUUGGCAUAAACGUCCAUGCCAUGACUGUGCAUUUGUUGUCAAGGACGAGGAAAAGCCUGGCUUCUCUGGGAUGAGUGUUGUAAGAAUUUUACUUUUCUUCUCAUUUGUUCAUGAGGGGGUGACCUAUCCAUGCGCACUGGUGCAGUGGUUCAAGAAGCAUGGGCAACAUGCAGAUAAGAAGACAGGCCUCUGGAUUGUUAAACCUGAGGUAGCACAGGGUCGUCCGGUUAUAAGUGUUAUUCAUCUAGAUUCACUUUUUCGUGGUGCGCAUAUAAUUCCCAUGUAUGGAACACAUUCUGUACCCCAUAGGUUUGACUACACCUAUUCUUUGGACUGUUUCAAAGCUUUCUAUGUAAAUAAGUAUGCAGACCACCACACAAAUGAAAUUAUUUUCUCCUGA